AUCAAAUGUAUAAUUCGAUCGAAAAAAGUGUUUAUGGUGUAGAAUAAACAUAAUGAAUCUAUUGAACUUCUCCCAAACACCCGCUUCCUAUAAAUAACCUUAUUUUCAAAGUAUUCGCAAGCUGAUUUCAUGCGCGCUAAAAUCGAUGAUGUAAAAAUAUUAGUGAAGCCAUCGAUAUACAUAUUGUACAAGUUUAAUGGUGAAUCAUCUGUUCAGAGAUUAAGUAAAAGUAUCAACAAAUCAUAGUGUGCUUCGUGGAAUCCCCGCGAAGUUGUUGAUCGCGGAAAAAAUCCCCUCAUAUUGUGAACUUUCCAAACCUCUUCAUCGAGUUUGGAGAGAGCUGACGAAGCGGACGGUAGCAGUGGUUCGAUUGAUUCGUCUUCCGAAAGAAAAAAAAAACCCAGAAUAGCACAUAAAUCAAACAUAAGCGCACAAACAUGGCCGAGAUGUACGCCGAAACAAAUCGAUUGUUCAGCUUUCGUAAUUGGCCGAUCGGGGCAGAUGCAAGCGCCACGGUGGCACUUACACGUGAUUUAGCUAAAGCUGGGUUCUUUGCGACUGAACCGGGAGUAGCGAAAUGUUACUUUUGUGGCGUAGUACUACAGCUUGGCACCGAUUUAAUCGAUGUUCAGGAAUCACACAGAAUGCUCAGUCCUGCAUGCAUAUUUAUAUUAUAUCCGGAACGUACCGAUAAUUGUCGCAUCUUGGAAGGCAAUGAAGUGAAAGAUGAGCGGCUACGAUUGGCCUCCUUCGUCCACUGGCCUGUGUCGUUCAUCAGCAAAGAAUCGUUGGCGAAAUCAGGCUUUUACUACACCCACCAAUCGGAUGAGGUUCAGUGUGCAUACUGUGCCGGUGUGAUCGGACGUUGGGAGGAAGGAGAUGAUCCGUUUGUCGAACACGAAAAGUUUUUUCCCAUGUGUCAAAAGGUGCUAGAGAAUGCUAUCAGAUCCGAUCCAUUGCCGGAUCCAUCCAUUGGCAUCCAGCCUGUACAAUUGCCGCACAUGCCCGAGCUAAGCACGCUAGAUGCUCGUAUUAGGACGUUUAAACGCUGGACUAUGGGACACGUGCAGGAUCCGGCACGGCUUGCGCAGGCAGGAUUUUACUAUCUCGGUAUUGCGGAUGAAGUACGUUGUUUCCAUUGUGAUGGUGGGUUACGCUUCUGGUUGGUCGAUGAUGAUCCCUGGUUCGAACACGCACGGUGCUUUCCAAAGUGUCAGUUCGUGCAACUAGUCAAAGGGCAACUGUUCAUCGAGAACGUACAGUCACAAAUCAGUCAGUCCUCGGCGAUCCCCCAACAGCAGCAGCAGCAUCUCGAGCAAUCACAAAGCUCUUCAAACGGUCCUGUCGUUCCAUCCAUGACACUCGACGACGCUCUCACCACCGAACCGGUACAGAUGGCUCUGCAGAUGGGUCUUAAUAUGGGGCGCAUUCGGGCGGCUACUAAACGUCGGUUAGACACGCUCGGUCAACCGUUCCUUCACUGUCACGAGCUCGUGGAAGCGGUACUAGACGAUCAAAUCGAUGAGGAAGACUUACAACCCACUACCUCGUCCCGUAUGGGACGUCGGAUUGAAAAUGAACUAACACAGUGGAUAAGCACGGCAAUAACGUCUUCUGUGGCAGCUGCCCAGCAGCAAUCUAAACCUGGGAUACCUCAAUCCGACAAUGUUCUUCCUAGACCCAAACCAACCGAUCCCUGCGACAAGCAGGAAAUUGAACCACGCUCAACCUCGAGCGUACCUGAGUGUCUUAACACCGUCACGGGAAAAAAGAUGUCGGACGAGGCCACAAUUCGCUUGGAGGAGGAAAAUAAACGACUAAAAGAUGCAAGAGAAUGUAAAAUUUGUAUGUCGGACGAGGUAGGCGUUGUGUUUUGCCCUUGCGGUCAUCUAGUAUCCUGCGUACAGUGCGCUCCUGCUGUGGUAAAAUGUCCUGUGUGUCGGGCGCUCAUUAAAGGUCGGGUACGCACGUUCCUUUCGUAAACGUUGUACGUUGAGCCUCGUUCCCGAGACAUCUGUAGAUCCACCGACGAAUAUACUUCCGAGAAAUGCAGCAGUCCCCCGUUGAUCGUUCAUAACACGACGAAUCUCUGGACAGAGUUGACAUAUUUUUGUUGUUUCAUUUCUAUUUUAAAAUAGAAAAGCUAGGAUAAAAUGAAAAUCAUAUUUUCACCGACAAGACGGUUUGACAUGCUUUGCUCAAAGUCAAAAUCUUGCCUAGUCGCCUCGUGAACUAUUGCGGACUAGAGGACUCCUUUUUAUUUAACUGCGAUAUGAACUGUUCAAACAUAACUUGGUAUAUUAUUCCUAUUUAAAUACACAUUAGAAUACCUCGGCAAAAUGGAUUGAAGUUGAAUAAAAACUGAAAAAAAGAACCAGA